AUGAUCCGCCUUUUCCCCGGCGAUUACGACAAGGCAGGUUGGGGGUUUCUGCCAUUCGUCAGCCACAAGUUUCCUCCCGCUCUUGGAGCAAUACAGGUCUGCAAUGUUCGGCGAGUAAUGCUUGAGCUCGGUAUCGUUCUCCUCGAUCUAUGGCACGGCCGGACGUUUGCCAGAUACGCUGCGGAAACCCAGAGCCUACUCCAUGACUUGUUUGGAGUUCGGUACGAUAUUGCGCGCAACUGGCUGGAUAUCAGUAGAGACGAUAUAAACUUCGAAAAGCCCUAG